UGUUCAAACCGAGUGGUGGUACUUGUAGGCUAAUCUCUCUUCAACAGGAACAGCAAAACCAAAUAAAAGCCAAGUGUAUACUUUUUAUGGCGUGACCUACCCCACUGCUACCACCUUUGGCCUCACCGAGAGAAACGCUAGCUGGUUUUGAGUGUUUGUAUUCCCCACGCAGAAUUGUUGGGCUCCUAAGGAAUGUGUAGCAUCUGUGGAGAUACAGAAAAUCGUCGAAGUGUGAUUGGAUUGCAGUAUGUUUUCGGGAAAUAGCGAGCCUUGUAUAAGUGUCUAGAGAAAACAGAACGUGAGGCGUACGUGACGGGUAGCUGUAUUUCUAGUGGUUUUCCAAUAGCACGACAUCGUCUGCAAGAAUGUCUAACAUGUGUCAAAUUAUCGGAUGUGAAGUGUUUGCUUGUCGAAUAAAAAACUAAUUGGAAUGGAUUGUGGCGUUCCUGAAAAAUAUGUUGGCUGGUUGGAGUCAAGUGGUGUGCUUCUAGCAGUCUGCCUUUUGUAGUGAACGAUUCAUUUUAAUGAAAUAACUAUUUUCUUAGAAAAAGAUGGCUUCAUUAAGAAUCAAGCACUUUGUUAUUUUUCAUCAUCGCAAAAGUUUGUCUUUUCGAUGGCAUUGUGGGCAUUCGGAAGCAUCCCGAGUGUUUGCGGUGACCGCCACAGCUGAAAACAAGUGAAGCUGGACGUGACCUACCCAUCCGCGGAGGAUUAUUAUUCAUAACGAGGAAAGUGAGGAAAGUGAGCAGUGCAAAAUAAAAUGCGAAUGAAAUAUGGAAAGCUGUUUAUCGUUUCUAUGAUUUGCUUUAAUUUGGUGGUGUUUUACUAUUCGUGGAAAUACUUCUUAACCAGUACGUCUUUCCUUUCGGAUACAUUUGGGAAACGUUUAGAACAGGAACCAAUUGAGCGAAUUGAUGCUAGCAGAAGUGAAGAAGUGAUACAUUCGGAUUCAGUACGAGCAACAGAAAAGCGAGAAAAUCUAAGACCAACAAAAUUCACGAAAUUUAGUCGUAUUCGUGAUCGCAUACAAAAUACUAACAAAUAUUUACGCAAAAGCAUCACUAUAGUUUUCCGCGAUUUUUACGACUUUGAUAACGAUCUAAUGCAGUCAAUUGCCAGUGUUACUAAUCUGAUUCCUAACAUUCAAAUCUUUGUGAUAUCUCCGGAUAUGCCCUAUCCUCCGUUGGAUAUUUUCACCAGCCCGGGUCAAUCUAGCAACCAAACCAGCUGGUUUGAAAAGGACAGCAACGUCAAAUUCUUCAGUCUCAGUUACGAUAUCACUAAACCGCUCAAGGAUACCCUGCCGAUCUUACAGAUCAAAACCAAAUACACCCUGUUCAUGCCGGACGGUGUCCGCCUUAAUGGGCGCUCACUUUUGUCCCGUUUACUGCGGGAAAUUACCACCCCAUCCAGCGAUGAGAUUUUGCUGCAGCAGCACCAAAAUCUGCUGCUCAAACAGAACAAUCAAAUAAUAGAACACAAAAUCGAUCUGAACCAGAAACCGGAGCACAGAAUAAUUGCUGUUCCAUUUAGUUCGAACCAGAAGGCGAUAUCCAACUGUUGCCAUCUGCAGCUCGAUCUGCCCAACUGGACCUUGGAGUACGUAACGGGUAACGGGACGGACAGCUGCGACAUGUACAAACAAAAGCACGCUAUCCUGAUCGAAACUGCCCUGCUCAGAGAGAUGCCUGAUGCAUUAUCGUCCCCGUUCCCUGAACUGUUCUACAUUCAGGCAAAACUUGCCAACAUAAAGAAAGUUCUCCUGAACGCGUCGUUCCAGGAUGGCAGAAAGCUGUUCACGUCCUAUCACACCAAAACUAAGAGGCGCAAUUUGCGCAAAGAGCAAUUCCGAACACUCUAUAGGAAGCUACAAAUAAAAAAAGUAGUUCGCAAGAACUACCUGCAUGACAAGACGAAACUUGCCAAACGAAAGCUAAUCAAAAGCUUCGAGCAGAACAAUCAGACCAUUUCACUGUUGACGGAAAUCACCUUCUACGGGUGUGAAAAGCAAACCAAGAGCUGUAUCGGGCAGGUGUACAAUUCACAGCCGUUCUAUCUUUACCUCGGCAGGCAUACCCCACCUUGUUGUCUGGACAAGCUAAAGACCAUCUUCCGGCACGUGGUGGAUGAAUUUGAAAACGUCGGCAUUCGCUACUGGUUGGACAACUAUGCGCUGAAAAAUGCCAUCGAGUUGAAAACACUUUCACCGGAUGCCUACGAGAUAGACAUAAGUUUCAACAGCGACGACAUACAGAGAUCCAUCGCGCUUCGCAAGGCACAGUCGAAAGCGUACACCGACAGCGAAGGUUUCUACUGGCUGAAAGCCACCGACGGCCACUAUUUCCGGGUGCAGUACUCGAAGGCUAACCAGAUUGCGGUUAAUUUACUACCAUUUGACCUAAGCGGUGAAGUGGUCCGACCGAACGGAUUCUACGGCUGGAAGGCGAAGAAAUUUUCGGUGGAAUUUUUACACCCCAUGUCGACGGUGCUCUUCCUCAGCAAGCCCAUCAUGUGCCCCAACAACGUGGUGGAGUACUUGGAAACGAAGAAUGUAAAGUAGGAUGUCGAAGCUGUGAAGAGAAUGUGUUCGGGGAAGAGGGAAACAUUCAGUUCCUGUGAUAGAUUGGUGCUGUACAUUCCAUGCUUCAGUGGAUUUUCGAGAGACGAUAGCAAUCGAGCAAAUUUGUGAAUAAUUGUUAGUUAGCGCUAGACUUCUUUCAAUAGGUUUUAGUGUUCAGCUUUAUGUAUGACUUUUAGAUCGAAUGUUGCUUGAUCAGAACGAGUAGCUCAAUAAAAAAGGAAGCAUUCUUGUUCACGAAACAAUAUUUUUCAAGUUUUGUAUGCAUAUGCUAGGCAUCGUAGAAAUACAAUUUCGCGAAACCAGAUAGACGACAAUAGUGUUAUCACCUUAGCUGGAACAGUUGUGGAACUAUUAACGCUAGGGCGAAUGAAAAAUACUAUUUUACUUUUGAGAAAAAAAAACGUUACCU